GCGAAUGAAGACUAUGUGGAAUUGAUUGAUGAUGUUAGUGAUAAAGAGGAUACACCACUUAUAAUAUUGAUAUCAGAGAAAAAAUCGGAUGAAGACAUGGAAAUAUCAAUUCCCGAACUGUUUGAAAGAAUGAACAUUUUGGAAGAUCAAUCUUCGCAACUAACAGAAGAUAAGUUUAUCAAUUCACUUAUGCAAUAUAUUUAUAAAAACAACUUAAUUAGAUUUAGUAUAGUGAGGAUAAGACAGUCUACUAUAUUAUAUGAACUGGCUACAAAUGUAGUGGCCAAUUUGAAUUCUAAUUCUAAACCUAGUAUUCAACAAGUAGCUGCAUUGUUUACUAAGAUAUUAAAAGUGUUAGUGGAUGAAGGAUUUUUGAAUAAACGGGAUGCAAUAUUUUAUUAUGUUAAUUCACAAUUUGUAGAGAGG